AUGCGCGGGAGCAGCGUCUUGCUGCCUGCGCUGUUGGCGGCGCCCUUUGCGACGGCGAACAGGCCCGCAGUGCGUCCGCUGAACGAACAGGUUGCCCUUGUUACUGGCGCCUCGAGCGGCAUCGGCCUCCAGGCUGCAAAGUACCUGGCCGCCCAAGGCACGGCCGUCGUGCUCGCGGCUCGCCGCACCGACCGCCUCAACGCUGCCGUGACGGAAAUCACCGAGGCAGGGGGCCGAGCAGUGGUUGCAAGCUGCGACGUGCGCAGGGGUGACAUGCUAAAGGCCGCAGUGACUCUGGCAGAGGAGAUCUUUGGUGGCCUCGACUUUGUCUUUGCCAAUGCGGGCAGCUUCUCAAUGGGCGAGGACGAGCUCGAAGCCGCCGAGGACGAGCAGCUUGCGAUGAACGUGGCCGUAAAUCUCAUUGGUUCAGGCCUGCUCACGUUGAAGUAUGCGCUGCCCGCGCUGAAAAGGCGAGGCGGUGGCGCUGUUGUCUUCACCUCCUCCAUAGCUGCGUACUUCAACAAGGUCACAGGAGCAGCCUAUGAGCAAAUGACAGCAAUAAAUGCGGCUUCAAAGGCGGGUCUCGACUCAAUCGCGAACGUUGGCGCCGGCGCGUUUGCUAGGCAUGGCAUCCGCCUCUACAGCCUCAACUUAGCUCUCUACGAGUCGGAGAUGAGCCUUGGUACUCUUGGCGAGCGGGGAUCCCUGAACCAAUUCGCUGCCAUGAUCAACCCCUACCACAAGGAGAAAGCGGGCCAUCCGAGAGAAAUUGCAAAGGUGAUCGCGCACAUCGCGGACAAUAGCACACUCUGGCCGUCCGGCUCGCUCGUCACGGUGGACGGCGAUUCGACCAUCAGCAGCGAGGUCUUCCACCGUGCCCGCUUCCAGCCUGGACUGCCAGAGCUCUUGGGCAUGCCAAGCCCGGCAGAGCUCAAGGAACACCUAAGGGACCACAGGGGUGGGCCUUACCUCCAGGUCAAGGACGAAGUGUGA